CCUCCUUCCUCCCUCUCUCUUUUUUCUCUCAGACUGGGACAGAGAGAGGGAUGGCUAGAGCUUUCAGGCCGGCCCCCUGCUCCCAGAGCUUCCUCUUCCAGCUGCUGGGUGAAAAAGAGGGGGGAGGAAGACAAAGUUUCUCCAGCUGCCACAGAGGAAACGGAAGGGACGAAACGCAGAAAUCUAAUUUCAAAACCUCCAGGCUGUGCUCAAGCAGCGCUGUGUGCAUUCCUCCUCUUCUUCUUUAUCUUUUACUCGCCUCUCCAGUAAUCUCCAGUGCUGCUUUUCUCCUAUACCACCAUCUCCUGGUAUUUUUUUUCCUUCUGCUUGUGGCAAAGAGCCUCCACCCCAAACAGAAGAAAGAGAGGAGAACUGCUCUUCUCUUCUCCACAUCAAGGAGAUGCCCCCCCAGCCACAGGUGAGGAGGAAUUUCCUGGAGUUCCUCAAGAGCUUUGUCGGGAUUGUACGCAUUCUCCAGAUUCUGCUGGGAGCUGGUCUGUGGGUCACCAUCGCUGCCAACAAGUAUGAGGGCUCCGUCCACUUUGUGCUGUUUGUGGCCGUGUUCUUCUGGCUUCUCACCCUGGCCCUCUUCUUCGUCACACUACUGGACAAGCAGGACCUGGUCCCCAUUGUGGGAGGAGAACGCUGGUUGUUAACCAACAUGAUCCAUGACAUUGCUGCCACUUUGCUCUACUGUUCUGCCAUUGGCAUCAUGAUCUACAAGACAAAAAAGAACUCCUACUGCAAUGUGGUACAAUACAGGCCCCCGUGCUCAUACAAGGUCUACCUCACUGGCUCUGUGUUUGCCUGCCUCACUGCUGUUGUCUAUCUGCUCUCGGCCAUCUAUGGCUCCUGCAGAAAGUGCCGGGGUGAGCAGACUGUGGUGUAAACAGCCCAGUGUAGGCUCAGGACAAUGGAUGGAUGGACAGGGGGAGGGAGGCUUCCCCUCUAUCUCUUUUUCUCUGAGAGAAAAAAGGGGCCCUUGGUCCUUCCCCAGGUCGCACACAGCUCACAGCAGGCUUUUGGAGACUGGAAAAAUUUCUUUUCUCUUAAAGCAGAGGUUUCAGUGCCCUUGUCUCAGGCUUCCAGGUUUGUUGAUUUUAUACAGUAAUUUAAAGUCAGAGAACUUCAGCAGCCGUGCUAAAACAUUAUACGUAUUUUAUGGUUGUGUAUGUUUUUGUACGUUUUUUUAUAUAUAUAUAUGUAUAAGAGUUCAAGCUACUCGAUGAUUUAUGUAACAAAGAGUCAUGUUUUCCUUCAUAGUACUGUUCCAAUGAAAAAAAACUCACAAACAUCAGUUUGUUGCCUCAUGUAGAUAUGCCAAGUUUGUAGCAUUUUGUUUGCAGUGUCUGUCUUCAUGAUCUUGUCAUAAAGCAGUGCCUUCUACACGACUAAAUCUGCAUACUACAAAUGUGUGGGUGUAAGUGUGUAUAUAAAAAGUAUUUUUCUGCUUAAAAAGAGCAUAGCAACGGUUCUUGUAAAAUGUCUUCAUUCAAAGUACACAAUAAGUCUUGUUUAACAUGAAGCAAUUCUCAGUCAUGAAGCAAAUGUCUAAUACUGAAUGAAUAAAAAGGAAAUAUAUUAA